AUGUUGCCAAUUAACGCUCCCCCCAUUAAUUACUCCAGUCCCUUUGGCACCCAAGUUACCACCAACAUUACAGAGGCCAACACCCCCCUACCAACCUUACCUGGGACCAGUACGGGUUUUUGCUUGAAUACAUCAGCUCAAACCUUCAUUCCCUCUACCACCUUUCAUUCGGAGAGCAGUUCCACAUCGGGACAAACGCAUUUGUCUCAGCAAUGUCAGAAUCCUACAAAUUUAUCAACAGGUUUCCCUCCAUUUGCAAUGCCAAUGGGAUCAAAUCUGCCAAGAGUGGCAUCCAGCUAUCAUAGCAACCACAAUCAGACCAGGAGCAAUUUGUCAACCAGUCCUAUGUAUACAACCCCAUCUGGACAUCAACCCACAGUCCCGUUGAUUAAUACAAGACCUUCCCACCAAGAUUCCACCAUUCGGCUAAAAAGGAUGGCCCUACCCACAUUCCCCGGACUUAGGAAAGACUGGCCAGAGUUCAAGGCAGUCUGGAAGUCUAUGGCUGAGUCUGCAAGUUAUAAUAAAACUGCAUUAGCACACGAACUUAAGAACUCAGUUAAAGGAGAAGCCAAACACCGCAUCAAAUCUGUUUUUGUCACCAAGCCCGAAGCUUACGAUAUCAUGUGGGAAAAGCUAGAGUGUCACUAUGGAGAUACUACUGCCAGUGUACAAGCUGCUUUGGAAGAUCUUCAAAGGCUAAAACCUGUAAAAGAAGAAGAUUAUAAAGCUCUGGUUGAAUUAGUGAAUGAAGUUGAAUCCGCCUACAGUCAAUUGGAAGAGCUCAACCAGCUAAACACUUUAACCAUGCGAGAUGUAGACAACCUAACUGAUUUGUUACCUACCCAUCUUAAAGUCGACUGGAGACGAAAGUAUCGUGAUUCAUCGUCUGCGGAGAAGCUUCAACCAUUUACUCCGCUAAUGAAGUUCCUAGACAGAGAACGUUCAGUUGUGGCUCGUUUAGCAGAGAAUCAGCAUUCUAAGAAAAGAGGAAAUGACAAUGCAAGAGGAUACAGCAAAACCUAUCAUGUUGAAAGAGGUGCAAAACACGGACAAAGAACCUACUACAAGUGUGCCUUCCCCACCCACAGAAAAGACACCAUAAAUCACACCACCGAACAGUGCAAAGAAUUCCAGAAGUUGUCCAUCAGCGGUAAAGAUGGCAGAUAUGAGUUGUUGAAGCAGGUAAACGCUUGUUUCAAAUGUUUUGGUAAUCAUAGGAAGCUUAACUGCCCCAAAAAACUCCCAUGUUCCUCAUGUGGAAGUGACCAACAUCAUUCCCUGCUGUGCAUCCCACCAAAGCUCCCAAAAGAUUCUGGGGAGAAAUCGAAAACUGGAGAUGAUGGGAACAAGGAAUUAGCAUCCUAUACCGUAGAAAGUGAUUCAAUGGCAUUAUACCCUAUCCACCAAGCGACCAUUAGCGACAGUGGUAGAAAGGUGUCCGUCUUCUGUGAUGGAGGCUCUAACGCAAGUGAUAUCACUCAUCGUGCUGCGGAAAGAAUCAAAGCAAAGAAAGUUAAAAAACUCUCUCUUGACGUGACAACUAUGGGAAAUGUCGAGAAAACGUACAACACGUGGCAAUACGAGUUUCCAAUCAACACAAGUGCUGGAAAGAAA